AAAAUCCAAAUCCAUUUCAGCUGCUGCUUUUGCCAAAAGCUCAAACUUUACAUACACACAGAGAUCGACACUCCAAUGGCUUCACCAUCUCAGUCGGACCUUCAGCUCCAACUCCAAUCGGAGUCCGAGUCCCCGAUGUCAUCCAUCGUCUACGUGAUUUCACAGCAAGUCCAGGGUGCGAUGGAGAACAUGUUUAAGAUGAUGAGCGAAAUUGAUGAGAACUCUGCCGGGAUUUCGGAGGAGAUCGAGAAGUGCAAGGAAUCUGCUCUGGAGAAGAAGAAAGGCUUAGAGGAAGCCAGGGAGCAAGUCGAGAAGGCCGCUUAUGCCGUUUUGGAGAUGCUCAACAACCAAGCAUAGAAUGCACAGGUGCUGUUGUUGGAAGCUUAAAAGACACAACUCAAUGUGAGGAAGCUAGGGCUGUCUUCCUUGAGGUUGGAUUGAUCAAUUUCUGUAUAGAGAGAUGCACAGUAAGAGCUGUUUGAGAUACUUUUGUGAAUUUCGUUCCAUACAUGCUUAUGUCAUCUUGCAUUUCAUGCUUUACUAUAUUACGAUAAUUUCUUGA